GAAAUCUAUAAAAGAUCUUUCAUUAACAAAGUUCAUGUUUUUAGAAAGAUACCUACCAUCAAUUGAAUGGUGAACUGACCAGCAUCAGAUUCUACGAUGACUAAGCGAAUUUUUCUUCAAAGCGUGAAAGCUAGAGUAAAAUCAAAACUUUGGUGGUUUCUCGACGCUGAAACUUAAAAGAAUCAGUUGAGAAAUAUAUCCAUGGAUGGAAAACGAUCUAUAAAGAUGGAUCCACUAUCACCUGGUCCUUGUUUAGACAUUAGUGACGAUGAACUAGUGACUAUAUCAGUUAGGGAUUUAAACAGGCAGCUGAAAUUGCGUGGAUUAUCACGAGAAGAAAUAGUUCGUAUGAAACAACGUAGACGCACAUUGAAAAACAGAGGAUAUGCAGCCAGUUGUCGUAUCAAACGAAUUGAACAAAAAGAUGAGUUAGAAUCAGAAAAGACACAGGAAUAUCGUGAUAUGGAAGCUAUGCAGGAGGACAAUAAUCAUAUGAGAGAAGAAAUAGAAUCUUGGCAUUCUAAAUAUCAAGCACUAAAAAAAUUUGCAAUAGAAAAAAAAAUUCACAUUCCACCUGAACUAGAAACUAUAUAAAAUAUUUUAAACAUACUAGAGUUUUCUAUUGAACAUAAAAGCAAUAACAUUAUUGGAUAUUGAACGAUUCUAUACCAAAAUUACACAAUGCAAAAAACUGAAUUACUAGCACUUCUAAGUAUGUAUUAAGAAUUAAGAGAAAUGUGAACUUCAUAUUAAUCAAAAGCAAUGAUUGCAAUGAUACUUGGUUAACAAUGAUUAUACUACUAUGAAUGAUUGUAAAUGAUUAAAGUACAAAAAUUAUGUAAAUGCUAACAUUUCACUUAGCACUUAGAUGAUCAUGAAUGCUCUGUAUUUAUGUCAAAAACUAAAUAUGUUAUUAUAGAGACUUCAUUUACCCAUUAUACUUAUUUCUUUGUAUUUUUUCUGUUAAAAAUUUGUAACUUCGUUUUGGAAUAUAAAACAUUUUCUUUAUUAAAAAUAUAUAUAAAAUAUA